AUGCCACCAGAAGGCGAGCGUCCCUUCUUAGUUGCUGGCUAUAUCGCGAUUUGGAAACCAUGGCCGACUUGGGCGACGACAAGUGUGACUCUUGGCCUUUUUUUCGGCCGCGUUGGUUUUGCCCCGGCAGAAUCUCCGGGCCAUCUGGGCGAACAACUCUACCAGGAACUUGAUUCAGGCAUUCUCUCCUAUGUUGAGGAUGGCAAGUUGCUCUACCUCGCCGAAAAGGUCUUCAUAGACUGUGAGGCAAUACCCGUGCUUGGACAGAUACUUGUCAUAGAGUUACCGGAAGUCAGAGAUGAAGACUUGGCGAAAGCCUCAAAACUCUUCGGCGCGCCAUUGCAAAUCUUCCAUUUGAACUGGAGUUUCUCAAUGGCUGUUAUUGACGAAGUUAGGGCAGCUUCUCAUGAAUUGCGUCUUUAG